AUCUCUACAAUCACUCCACCACUCGUCUAAAUUCCAUUAGACCUAUAUAACAUUCCUUGAUUGGACUUCAACACCAUCCUGCCACUUUGACUAUACAGACACCUUCUCUCUACUUUCUAUCAAUUAACCUUUCUCAUAGCCAUGAGUUUGAACCAAAACACCUCCCUCAAUCUGAGUCUUCCUAUCAAUGAUCUCAACCUAAACCUAGUUCUUGACCAUUCCUCCCCCUCUUCAUCUUCUUCGUCGCCACUAAGCUCAUCAUCCGACACCCGAAUUUUCUCUUGUAACUAUUGCCAGAGAAAGUUUUACAGCUCACAAGCACUCGGAGGCCACCAGAAUGCCCACAAGCUUGAAAGAACCCUAGCAAAGAAAAGCAGAGAGCUGAUCAUGAGUUCAGCUGUUAAACCACAUGGGGGGUCGAACAACCGGUCCGGACCCAGUUCCAUCGGCUCAAGCCACCGGCCCGGUGGAAGGUUUUCAGAUGAUGUAAGAUAUGGGAGGAGAGAGAUGAAUUAUGGUUCUAGAGAGAAUGAGGAGAAUCUGGGAAAGGGAUACCAGGGUGAAAGUGUCCAAGAGGAGUUCAACCAUCUUGACUUGUCAUUGAGGCUUUGAACAACUUUAAAAUUUGAGAUGUUGUUUAUUUUUAUGUUUAUUUUUUAUUUUUGGAUAUUGAAUUCCUAAUCUCAUGGCUUUGACUCCAUGAGGAUCAGAGCUGUCCGUGAGCUAAAGCUCAACGAGUGGAUACUUUAGGCCUCCGAAAAUUCAUAAAUUUGUAGGGGUCCUCCUAUUUUGGCACCUCAUGGGGUGGACUAUGUUACUAUAAUUUUGUGGUUAAUUCGUUAGCUUCCAACUUUUUCCGCAGAUUAAAGUAUUCCAAUUUCAAAAUUUGAAGAGUUAAA